GCAAGCGCAGUGCGUCGCCAGUCUCGGGACCCCUCUCCGAGACGAUGGCGCUCAACAAGAAUCACUCACAGGGCGGCGGAGUGAUCGUCAACAACACCGAGAGCAUCCUGAUGUCCUAUGAGCAUGUGGAACUUGCAUUCAGUGACAUGAAGAAUGUGCCCGAGGCCUUCAAAGGGACCAAGAAAGGCAGUGUCUACCUGACCCCGUACAGGGUCAUCUUUCUGUCCAGGGGAAAGGACGCCAUGCAGUCCUUCAUGAUGCCCUUCUACCUGAUGAAGGGCUGUGAGAUCAAGCAGCCGGUGUUUGGUGCGAACUACAUCACGGGCACGGUAAAGGCCGAAGCAGGAGGUGGCUGGGAAGGUUCUGCUUCCUACAAGCUCACCUUCACAGCAGGGGGCGCCAUCGAGUUUGGACAGCGGAUGCUUCAAGUGGCCUCACAAGCCUCCCGAGGUGAAGCCCCCAGUGGAGCCUAUGGGUACUCAUACAUGCCCAGCGGGGCCUAUGUCUUUCCCCCGCCCGUCGCCAAUGGAAUGUACCCUUGCCCUCCCGGCUACCCCUACCCACCGCCCCCACCUGAGUUCUAUCCAGGACCCCCCAUGAUGGACGGGGCCAUGGGGUACGUGCAGCCCCCGCCCCCGCCCUAUCCUGGACCCAUGGAGCCUCCGGUCAGCGGCCCUGACGCCCCCUCCACUUCUGCAGCCGAAGCCAAGGCCGCCGAAGCAGCCGCCAGCGCCUACUACAACCCGGGCAACCCCCACAAUGUCUACAUGCCCACGGCUCCACCCCCUCCCUACUACCCUCCGGAAGACAAGAAGACCCAGUAGACCCCUCCUGCGCUCCACCUCCCACAACUCCUACCCUCCCCUGGGGCUGGGGGAGGCGUGGGGAGGCCCUGGUCCUUCCUGCAGGGCAGCUGAUAAACAGCAGGAACCGGCACCGGGGAGGGGACCCUUGUCUGUGGAGAGGUGCCUCCCGGCUUGCCUGCCUCAGGAAGUCGGCUGUCCCCUGGUUCCUGUUUCACUCAAAUAGCAUCUCCCCAGGGAGGGACUCCGGCCACCUCCUCCACCCAUCCCAGUCCAGCCCCUCCUCCCGGUAGCGGCUUGACAUCAGCUGGCUCCGAUCUCCGACCUUCUGAGACCAGCUGUGUCUUCCUGGCCAGGGAGGGAGCCCAGCCCCUUCCUGAGGGGCUCCUGCCCACACCGCCCCCAUUCCCUGUGCCCGCUCUGCCCAGACCGGCCGGCCCACACUCAGCUCACAUUCCACAUCCAGCCCGGCCCUACCCUGGCCGUACCACCUUCCUUCCCUGGCUUUGGGCACUCUUGCCACCUCCGAGUGACUUGGAAUUUCACCAGGAGCUGGCAGGGCUCGGGUGCCAGGCCUUGGAGAGGCCGCUCUCUCCUUUUCCAUCUCUCCCUCCAGAGGGGCCUCUGGGACGGGAACUGGAGGGGCCAUGUUUAUGCCAUCGCGGCCCUGGGUGCUGCGUGAAGGCCCCCUCUGACCCUAAGCCAUGCUUGGCCUGCGCCUGCUGCCAGCCCCUGCCCUCCACUCCCCUCCCCUGUGCCUGCCCAGUCAGUGACUCAUCCCCACUGCACUAAAGUACACUAUCGAGAAGAGGGUGGGCUACCUAAAGAGGACUCCCUAUUUAUUUGACAAACACCCAGCUAAUAUAUGAAUGUGAAAUAAACCCUGAUUGCACCUUGA